AUGCGGCUUCAUGAAACCUGGGCUGGGACACUGUCUCUGUUGACCUGUCUUUCUUCCCAGACUUUUGCUACCGAGGACGCCGAGCCCCUGGAAAAUGCCAAUCACAUCUUCAACGCCAUUCAGUCAACAUUGAGACACUAUGGCUCGGAGAUCAACUACAACGGCCUGUCAUUUUACCGAGCCAGCGUGCCAAAAGGCACUCAAUUUUACCAUGGCACUGGUCUGAAAGACCCGAUUCAAGGACUCGAGUGGCUGGCUUUCAAACCCGAGCACUCCCUAGGUUUCGCCCACCGCAGUGGCAACAAAUUUUUUGCAAAGAAAGACUUGCAGCAGCCUCUCGACGAGUACACAGCACCGGAAUGGGAUGGAAACGGAUAUCUUCACACCUAUGCCGCUGCCAAGGAUCUGCGCUUGCUGUACAUCGAUGGCAUGUCGGCUGGACCAGGAGGUGGGGCGGAAUCCCAGGAUCGCAUUCUUUACAAUAACACCAUUACUGGUGACCGGCCGGUUGGUGGUCCCAAGAUUGGUGGACCACCCCAGGAGCAGCAGCGGGCGAUCGAGGCAUGCCGUAUGGCGAAGGAGGACUGGGGUGACAAGAUUGAUGGCAUUGUUCGCACAGAAGCUGAUUUUGAGAUCAUCCUCUGUAACUUUGAGCGUGACCUUGACGUCGUGCAUAUCACUCAGACGAAGCCUCAAGAGAGCUCGGGUCGCCCGGGUGGGCCUGGAGGUGGAAAAGGACGAAAGGGACACCAUGGCGGCGGUCCUGGCGGACCUCCCCGAGGACCUCGUUCAGGGCUCAAGUACUGGUCCUUGGCUACUCGGUUCGAUGAAAGCCUAGGAAAGAAAGUGCGAAUCGACUUGGACAAUUUCGUCUCGGCUUAUACCUAUGGCCUCGACCUGUUCCCUAACAACGCCACGGUUCCGAAAGUGGGCCAUCUACCAAUUGAAGAAUUGCAGCCUAUUCGACAAGACGUCUUCAAGCUACUCAAAACCUGGGAUUCACCUAUCGAUGCAUUCGACUGGCAGACUGUCACUGAUAUGAUCGUGUUCCAGUAUUCCGAUGAGCUGAAGAGUUUGGCUGCAGGAACUUAUUCGUCGGCGAAAGAGCUUCGGGAUCACCUUGAGAAGCUGUUGGAGCCUUUUAUCGAUUACCGUGACUUCGACAACGGCGAGGUCAUUAUCAACCGCUGUGCAAGUGAAUGGAUUCCUCUCUCAGCCCCUGUCGGCUCAUUAGGUGGCAAUGCUGUACGAUCCGUCGCCCGAUCGGUCUGCUCUACCUUGGUUUCCGCGAUGAUGGAUGAUGAAAAAGACCUGGAGGCUUCAGUUACCAGCUUCAAUGAUUUAGUCUCCUACCUCCAGUGGACCACGUGGGCAGCGGAUGAGUGA